AUGUCGUCGGUCACUUCAGCGGGCAACGAACACCAGUUCCUGCCAUGGCUUGAGAUUUUACAAGGACGAUGCAACAUCCAGAUUAUAGAGACAGGAUUCUUCGGCGGGUGCAGGUUAGCGGCCACUAGAAGCUACGACAUCUUCAAACACUACCUAGAGUAUUGGUGCUUGCUCAUAUUAAUCAUUUCACGAAAGCGUAUCGCUCUGGUUCUGGGUGUACCUGCUCCAAAACCGGAUCACAAUACGUGA